CUUGUUUGGUGUUCUGUUUGCGACCAGGUCCCCAAGUUGAAGAUUGCGUCUUUGGUUGCAGACAUUUUUGCUAACACGGCCGUGGCAGAGAAUAAGGUGGUGGAAGUUUCUACAGAUCCAUCAGCACCGUCGAGGCCAGUAGAUGAGCUUUUCAGUGUAAUCCCGGAAGAUGGGAGGAGAAAAGUGUUCGCAGAGGCGAUCGCAAGGGCAAGAGCCGAGGAAGAAGUUAAAGUUGCAGCUGAGAAAGCCAGAGAGGCAGCAGAAGCAGCGAAAGAGCUUGAGAAACAAAUGCAAAAGCUAUCUGAGAAAGAAGCAGAAGCUGCUAGCUUAGCUGAGGAUGCGCAACAGAAAGCAGAAGCCGUGGGAAUCAAAGUGGACGGUCUAUUUAACAAGGCGAAAGAUAUUGGCUCAGGUUUCUCCUGGAAUAAUCUGGGUUCUCAGUUUGCUACCGCGGUUCAGAACGCUUCAGAGACGCCUAAAGUACAGGUUGCUACGGUGAGAGGACAGGCGAAAGCACGAAACUUGCCACCCAAGAAAGCAGUGGUGAAACAGAGUAACGCUAAACCCGCUGCAUCAUCUCCGUUUGCAUCCAAACCGAAGGAAGAGCGUCCGAAGAAACCGGAGAAAGAGGUGAGGAAAGUGUUUGGAGGUCUGUUUAAGCAAGAGACCAUCUACAUGGACGAUGACUGAAAACGCCAUAAAAGAUGCCGUUUUGGAGUUCCGUACAGUUUCCCUUUUUUUUUCCUUGUGUUUCAAGUUAAAUCUCUGUAAUCAUAUAAUAACUAUAUAUAAAUCCAUUAUUCUUCUCUC